GUUUUGUGUUGCAAUUUUCUGCUUUUUAAUUUUGAAUUCAAAUCCCAGUUUCGGGAUUGAGCCAGUAUGUUCCCGGUUUCAUUACGAGGAACAAACGUUAGAAAAGAUGAUCAGGCAGGAAAUAUUCGUGGAGAAAAUGAAAGCUGACAUUGAUGACUCUAAACAGCACGUAGUGGACGCUAUUGUAGAUUUAAAGAAUGAGAGAAACAAGUUUGCAGUGGAUUUUGAAAGGUUGAAACAUGACGUUGAAACCAUGAAUGACAACCUUGAAAAUGCGUUAAAUGGUAUGCAAUCACAAACUGAAAAAGUCAUUCAGGACUAUACCACAGAAAUGGAAACAUUAAAAGGUUCUGUCGUCACACCUAUCGUCGCAUUCAAAGCUCACGUUGUGUCUGACAAGUCAUUGAGCAACAGCAAGGUUAUAAUAUUCUCAAAGAAUAUUUUUAACACGGGUAAUGCUUACGACAAUGCAACUGGCAUCUUCAAAGCACCGAUUGGGGGCGUAUACCUAUUCGCGACUGAGAUAUGUUUAUCUCCCCGUACCUAUUCGUACUUCGGCAUCACUUUGAAUGGGGAACUUAUCUCUCAAUCUCUGCUUAGAGACAAUCAGUGGACUAAAUGUUAUACAAUGGAUGCCAUCGUUGCAGUCAACAAGGGCGGUGACGUUUCGGUUAAAUGUUCUAGCUCUUGUGAUAGCAGUGAGAGCUUGAGUGGAUCUCCUCUUUAUCAGACAAGCAGUUUCUCGGGUGUACUAGUCCACAAACUUGUCGUUUGAAUUACAACCGAAAUAACA